UUAAAGAAGCGUCCCUUUCUCAAAGCCCUGUCAUACAAAAUGAAAAUCGCAAAAGCAAACUGGCCCACGUCUCUAAAAACCACUCUCGGCAGAGACACCAGAAUAUGGGGACACUGCAACUCUGCCUUUAAAGAGAGAGGGGAAAAGAAAAAGUUUUAUGCCUGGGUCUGAGAGUUUUCUCAAAGCCACCCGGAAUCAGGUCCUCCUUGCCAUUUAGAGGACCAGUAAACGGACCCCAUUCGCUUCCCCUCUUUCCUUUCAUUCCUUCCCAACCCUAAAAAGUUUCUCUCAACUUACUACUCUUCAUGAUGGUCUCUAGUCUCUGCCCCGCUUGUCAUGAUUCCCAUAAAACUUCCAGCAGCAGCAGCAGCAGCAACAGCAGCAGCAGCAGCAGCAGCAGCAACAACAACAACAGCAGCAGCAGCAGCAGCAGCAGCAGCAGCAGCCUGGGCUAUGACUGCAGCAGCUCCUCAGUUGCAACCUCCUCCUGCUCUUCUACUUUGCCCGAUGAAGAAAAAAAAAAGCGAAAACCCAGGGUCUGGAGCAACAACAAGCACCAAAAAAGAAGAGGCUUUAGAUUGCAGUGAGAUCAGUUCUUUAUCAGAAAUGUUAUCGCUUGUCAGGACCUCGAGCAUUACGUCAGUUUCAAGACACCAACACUAUUAAUAUCAAAGGAGCCUUCGCAGAGGAAAGCGCCACCCCAGCCUGAGCUCCCUUAAAGAGACAGUACCGCCGUCCCCGCCGCCGCCGCCGCCGCCGCCGCCGCUGCCGCCUCCUGCAACUCCUCCUCCUGAGCCCAAGGCAGCAUCCGCUGCAGCCGCCAAGGGGGAAAGGACGGCUUUGGAGCAGACAAUUAUUACGAGUUUGAAAGAGCUCCACUGUAGUGGAACAUCCGAAAGGAAAGCCACCCCCCUCCCCCCACACUCACAUACACACACCCGGGCUUUCUUACCGUGAUAUUUUACACAACCCUAUCUAAAAAGCUGGCCAGCUUCACUCUGCACCCUCCCCCCUCCCAGUAUGUCUAUAUCUCUGUGGUAGUUAGGUGGGGGGGAGAGGGAUUCUGAAAGUUUUAUGGGAAAUAUGCCAAGCAAUCAAGUACUUACCUUAAAGGGAGGACAAGGAGAGGGGGUAUGGGGGUGACUGAACUAAUGUCAAGAAAGGAACCCGAGACUGAUGCUAUGAUUUAAAAGGAGGGGAGUUCUAUGAAAGUUAAGUCUUAAAAUUUUUAUCUUACUUUAUUUACUUUCUUUUCUUCUACCCCUUUAUUAAAACUACACAGGAUUUAUGCGCGUGUAUCUGUGUUUGAGACAGAGAGAGAUAAAGGAGUCUAAGGCCACCUCCUUGGUGGUUAGUGUUUUCCUUGCAUUUUAUUACAAGAGACCUGGGACAGAACAACUUGAACUUUUUCCUAAGUUGGAAAAGUGCAGAGGGAUGUUACUGAAGUUUUCUGAUCUAAGGAUACCUCUCUGGGAUGAGUUCAGGGAUUCCAUCAAGCAAAUAAAAUUGGAAUGUCUUUCUAAUAUUAGUAGAGAAGAAUAGUUAUUGUUUGGCUUCUCUAUUAACAGAUGAGGAGCAAUGAAUAGAACUUUUAUAGACUUUUAAAAAUGCAUUUCACAUUUUUAUUUCAGAACCUUCAUUGUUUCUAAUCAAUUUCCCCGACAAUGUUUCUGAAUGUGAUGUUUUUCACCUCUAAAGCUCAUCAGUGUGUAAAAAAUUACCACGAAUAUUCAAACCAUAGUAGGUGUUAAAAAAAAUAAGCAAACAUUUAUUGGGCAUUUGGACAUAAUUUUUCUCACUUGGGUGACUUUAAGUGACAUGUUUUUUCCUCUGUACAAGUCAUUCUGAACUAAUUUUGUGCCAAAUGGAGAAACAGCUUAUUAAAAUUAUAAGAUGAUUUAAAAUAGAAAUUAAAAAGGCAAAAUCAUGAAAAUGUUAGGUAAAAAUGAAGCAAUUUCCUCAAAAAAUAUUUUCCCCAGGAAAUGGUUCUUUCCUCUUUCUUUACAAGGAAGAUGGCAAACAUAUUUUGUGAUAUAGACUCUCUUCUGAGAUGAAAAAGCAAAUCAAAUGUAAAUUAGAAAACUGAACCAUAUGUCUUUUAGAGUCAUCAUCCUAUUCCUGUAUGGUCUCCAUUUGUGUUUAUUGCAUACCUAGACAGGCAAAUUUGUUAUUCGAUUCCUUUUUAGUACACGUUUAUCCCCUAAGUAUUUUUGUAAGGUGUCUAUUACACUCUUUAUGGCUAAAGGGGCAAUAAUUCAUUUGGAAUAGAGAAACUUGUCAAGUGAAAGGGGUAGUCAAAAUAUAAUUUCACAAUGAGGCACACAAUAUAUUCCCUGAAGGUGGGAUAAGAACAGUAACCUCUUACAUGCAUAGAACUACUCAUAUAUUAUCAUCAAUUGAAAUUAAUUUUGGAACAGAGUUACAUUUGUACAAUAUAUAAUAUAAAGUCCAGCAUGAAGGGAAAAUUAAUAUCAAAAUCUUCAGUAAAUCUUACAGUCAGCUACUAAUAACCAUCUGCAUACUUAUACCCUGGAAUCAUUUAAUAUCGUCAACCACCAAUUUCCAUAGUAAAAGAUAUUUAUAUUUUUUAAAUAGACCUUUUAUUUUUUAAAGCUAUAAAUGAAAUUGUUGACCUAUAUGGAAAUAUGUGUGACACCUCAAGAAGAAUUGCAUCCAAAAAGAAAGAUUGGAGUAACACCUUCAUUUGCCAUGACACACUUAAAAGUUUGAUUUAUGGAGUGUGUCUACCAUAUAAAUAAGAGGUAACAGAGACUUUAAAUUAUGUUUCUGAUAAUUACAAGGCUAACCCCCAAAAAUGUUUGUGUGUGAAAGGGUUAAAAUGCUGAAAAUGACUGAAGCUGUUGUACGAGUAAUAUUAUCUGAGGCUAGAGCAUCUUAGGAGCAAGGUUUGAAUAGUAAAUAUAUAACAAGAGCUGUCUUCUUAUACCCUCCUCUCUGUUCCUU